UCAAAACACAUUUCGAUAUCUUCUCUCUCGCGCUCUCUCUCUGCCAUCUCUCUCUCUCUCUCUCUCUCUCUCUCUCUCUCUCUCUCUCUCAUUUUUUCCAUGAAGAACUUUCAUGAGAAAAACCAGUCCCUCCAAUUUCAUGCCGGUCCAGAAAACGGGGCCCAUAAGAAUAACGUACGUUCAGAAGAAGACACAGAAAAAGAACACCACCAUGAUCUCUAUCACCAAACUCCUCCUCUUCCCAAGAUGAAGACGAUGGUCAACAACACGUGCCAGUUUAAGCGGCGGCCCAUCAAGUACCGCUCUUUGAAACAAAUCCUCCGCACCAGACCACCACCACCUCCUCCUCCUUCUUCUUUUUCUUCUUGUUCAUAUGAGUACUCGAAUGGCAACGAGGAAGACGAAGACGAGGGUGUGGUGAAGGCGUCAGAUAGAAUUGAUCUGGCGAAAUUCGCGUUCAAGUGGGGAAGGACUGAUCGGAGAGAGCGUGAAAGUUUGGUUGCGGACAAAACCCAUGAGUUUUCAGUGGAGAAUUAUAACAGAGUGGUUCAUGAGCCUGCGAUCGGGUACAAAUGUGGAGCUUCUUUGAAGAAACUUCUCUAUGGGAUGUAUGGAAGGAAGGCUGCUGCCACGGAAGACGAUGAGAACGAUGACGCGACUAGUCGUCCCCAAAAUGAAUUAAACUUCAGUGAAGGUAACUAGACUGCGAAUUUGGAGGUGGAACACCAAAGUGAUGCUUUGGGAAAUGCUAAGCAUGCUUGAUGUUUUAGUAGCGAUUAGGUUGUGCCUUUGUUAACUUCAAGCUGCAACAACCUGCAGGUAGAACUUAUAUG